CCAUGGAAAAAACUCCCAAUUUUCCAAAGGCCAAAGAUUGGGCAGCACCCACCCAUGUCUCGAUUCCAAUCCAAACUACCUAUACUUUGGAUUUUCUUCACCAUCAUCGUUAUCCUGCACCGCCCAGCCGUGGCCAGAAACCCCCAUAUCAUCAACUUCCGAUCACCAAACCUCUAUCCCGAGGGCCUUGCGUGGGACCCAUCGGCCCAGCACUUCCUCGUUGGUUCCUUCCAUCACCGCACCGUAAACUCCAUCUCUGACGCCGGCGUUAUCCAGACCCUCAUCUCUGACCCCUCCUUCCCUAUCAACGCCACUAUUCUGGGCCUCGCGGUGGACCGCACCGCCAAUCGUCUCCUCGCUGUUGUCCACACCUUCGCUCCCCUCCCUCCUUUUGACGCCCUCGCUGCCUACGACCUCCGCACCCGCCAACGCCUCUUCCUCUCCCUACUCCCCUCCCCCGACGAUGAUACCCAAGUACAAGAUGGCAUCGCCAACCCCAACAUCCGCCGCCAGAACGCGAACGACGUGACGGUGGAUUUCAAGGGGAACGCGUACAUCACCAAUUCCGCCGGAAAUUUCAUCUGGAAGGUAAACGCCAACGGAGAGGCAUCGAUCUUUUCCAGAUCUCCACUCUUCACCCGAUAUCCUGUUGACCCAGAUGACCCGUACAAGGACUGCGGACUCAACGGGAUUACGUACAUCAGCAAAGGGUACCUGCUAGUGGCGCAAACCAAUACAGGCAAGAUGUUCAAGGUGGAUGCUGACGACGGGACGGCGAGGUUGGUUCUGCUGCCGGAGAAUCUGACGUGGGUGGACGGGAUAGCAGUGCGGAAAGACGGCGUUGUUUUAGCAGUGUCGUACAAGAAGCUAUGGUUUCUGAAGAGUGACGACAGCUGGGGGGAGGGAGUAAUGUAUGACAAAAUUGUUCUUGAUGAAGAAGGGUUUGCUUCUUCAGUGGCAGUGGGAGGAGAAGAAAGGGUAUAUGUGUUAUAUGGGCAUAUUAUAGAGCCCCAAAUGGGAAAAGUGGAAGGAAGGGAAGCUUUUAGAAUAGAGGAGAUGAGGUCGGAGAAGGAGAGUGGAGAGGAGAAGAUUUGGGUUUAUGUCAUGGUUGGGUUGGGUUUGGCCUAUUUCUUGUUUUGGAGGUUCCAGAUGAAGCAACUUGUUACAAACAUGGAUAAGAAGACCAAUUGAAUGUUUCUCUUUCUGGUGUUGUGACACUAGAUCAAUGGAAAUUUCACAAUAGUUAAAUUAGUAGAUGCAUAUAGGAAAAAAGAAAAAUUACAAAACUUG